GAGAAGCUGUCAUUGAAUCCGGCGGCGGGCAAGCGACCGGUCGUAAACAACGUGGUUAUAGUUUUUGUUUGUAUUUAAUAACGCUAAAACAUUUUCAAAAUGAAAGGCGACAAGAACGUUGAUAUCCAGGCUUUGAAAGACAUCGCCAACAAGCUGAGGAUUGACAGUAUCGUCGCUACUAACGCGUCCAAAUCGGGUCACCCGACAUCAUGCGCGUCCAUGGCGGAGAUCAUGUCGGUCCUGUUCUUCCACACCAUGCGGUACAAGAUCUCCGCGCCCAGGGACCCCUCCGCCGAUCGGUUCAUUCUAUCCAAGGGUCACGCCGCCCCCAUCCUAUACGCGGCCUGGGCUGAGGCCGGUCUCUUCCCAGUAGAAGAGCUGAAGAACCUCCGCAAGUUGGACUCAGACCUGGAAGGCCACCCCACUCCUCGUCUGAACUUCGUGGACGUGGGAACCGGUUCGCUGGGACAGGGUCUUGCUGUAGCCGCUGGUAUGGCUUACGUCGGGAAGUACUUCGACCAGGCUCCUUACAGGGUGUACUGCCUGGUGGGUGACGGUGAGGCGGCCGAGGGCAGCAUCUGGGAGUCGCUGCACUUCGCCAGCCACUACAAGCUAGACAACCUGGUCGUCAUCUUUGACGUCAACCGUCUGGGACAGUCCGAGCCCACCUCACUGCAGCAUCAGUUGGACGUGUACGACGCCCGUAUGAAGGCGUUCGGUCUCCACUCUCUGGUGGUGGACGGCCACGACGUGUCCGAGCUGGUCAAGGCGUUCGACGAGGCCGCCUCCGUCAGCGGGAAGCCCACCGCCAUCGUCGCCAAGACAUUCAAGGGAAAGAACUUCCCUGGCAUCGAAGACCUGGAGAACUGGCAUGGAAAGGCUCUCGGAGCUGAGGGGGAGAAGGUUAUCAAGUACCUGCAGUCGCAGAUCAAGAGUAACAAGAUCAGUCUGUCUCCGCGCGCGCCGCUGGCGGAGGCCCCGCGGGUGCACCUGGCGGACAUCACGCUGUCGGCGCCGCCCGCGUACUCCGCCGGGGAACUCGUCGCCACCAGGCUCGCGUACGGAACCGCGCUCAAGAAGAUCGCCGAUACUAACAUGCGUGUGAUUGCUUUGGAUGGUGACACCAAGAACUCGACCUUCAGUGACAAGCUGCGCAACGCUUACCCAGACAGGUACAUCGAAUGUUUCAUCGCGGAGCAGAACUUGGUAGGCGUGGCGACCGGCGCGGCGUGUCGCGACCGAGCUGUCGUAUUCGUUUCCACCUUCGCCGCCUUCUUCACUAGGACCUUCGAUCAGAUCCGUAUGGGUGCCAUCAGUCAGUCAAACAUCAAUUUGGCCGGUUCCCACUGCGGAGUGAGCAUCGGAGAGGACGGACCCUCACAGAUGGGGCUGGAGGAUCUCGCUCUCUUCAGAGCUGUGCCCACCGCCACCGUCUUCUACCCAUCUGACGCGGUGUCGACGGAGCGUGCGGUGGAGCUGGCGGCCAACACGCGCGGCAUCUGCUACAUCCGCACCUCCAGGCCCAACACUGCCAUACUCUAUCCCAACGAUGAGGUCUUCAAGGUUGGUCAAGCUAAGAUAGUGCGUCAGUCCGGCAAGGACCGCGUGUUGCUGAUCGGUGCCGGAAUUACUCUGCACGAAUGCUUGCUCGCCGCCGACAAACUUAAGACUGAAGGUAUCGAAGCCCGCGUCCUGGACCCGUUCACGGUGAAGCCACUGGACGAGACAGCCAUCCAACAACACGCGCGCGCGGCGGGCGGCCGCGUGGUGGUGGUGGAGGACCACUACCAGGCGGGCGGGCUCGGGGAGGCCGUGCUGUCCGCGCUGGCGCUGCAGCGUGACGUCAUCGCGGCGCACGUCUGCGUCCGCGAGGUGCCGCGCUCGGGCCCGCCCGCCGCGCUGCUCGACCGGUACGGCAUCUCCGCGCCACACGUCGUCGCCGCCGCGCAACGACUGCUCAAGGCUUAGUGCCGGCCCCAGCUCCACGCCCAGCUCGCAUUUUCUAUUGUGAUAAAUCCGUAGCUUCACCUUGGGGGCUAUCGAACCCCCCAAUGUUUACAUAGAUUUCAUAUUCUCUAAGUACAUCCAACUAUCAUGGUAUACUCGUUAAUAUUAAUCGUUCGCACAAAAUGACUCAAUCAAAUGUAAAAUCUAAUUGGAAAUCAUUCAUGUGCCGUGUGAGCACGAUCAAAAUUUAAACAUUCCCGCUGACAGACAUUCCGGUUAGCAUCCGUAUUGUAAAGUAAAUGGUCCAAAUAUUGAAGCAAUCAGCUUGAGCAGUCUGUAUGUAGUUCCUAAGGACAUGUAAUGUUAAGUAUCACGUAAUCACGCAUUACGAUAUAUUGCAGAUCUUUUCUAUACUUUAUAUUUAAUAAUAAAUAUUCUGUGCCUUUGUUCAUGUGACGUGUUUUUGCACAAAACACAAGGCAGGUGUUUUAGAUGGAUUUUUGAAGGUUAGUGUGUAAGAAUAUAUUUUAUAGUUAUUUUUGUAUCGCUUGUGGAGGCCCGCUGCGGCGGCCCGUUGUUACUUGGUACGGGGUGAUUACUUUGUUGCCUGUACUCGAUAUAUAUUAUGUAGAACUGUUGGUCAAAUUAUUAUAUUCUAAAGUGUUAUCUCUCUGUCGCGGCUCGCAGAGCUGCCUCGGGUGUCUAUAUACAUUUGUUUGGGUUUGUCUAUUGUUAAAUCAUACAAGAUAUUGUUUCGGU